CAAUUUAGUUGAUCGGACUCAGGAAUUUUGGGCCACCUGAAAUUUCCUUAAGCAUAAAUAUAACAUUAACAAAAAAAAAAAAAAUCCCUCCAUUUUCUCGCACUUUCCCAGAAAACAACAAGAUCAAACAAACACAAUAUGGAAUUCUGCCAGCAAACGCCUAAUAAUGGCAAUGGUUCGCCAGGUUUUAACGUGAGUGACCCAUUGAACUGGGGCGCAGUGGCGGAGUCAUUAAAAGGAAGCCAUCUUGACGAGGUCAAGCGCAUGAUUAAUGAGUACAGAAAGCCAGUGGUUAAGUUAGGGGGUGAGACCCUGACCAUAGCCCAAGUGACCGCAAUCGCGAACCGCGACGCCGGUGUUAAGGUCGAGUUAUCAGAGGCGGCUAGAGCCGGAGUUAAGGCAAGUAGUGAUUGGGUUAUGGAUAGCAUGAAUAAGGGUACAGAUAGUUAUGGUGUAACCACAGGCUUUGGUGCAACAUCUCAUAGAAGAACCAAACAAGGAGGUGCCCUGCAAAGGGAGCUCAUAAGGUUCUUGAAUGCUGGAAUCUUUGGAAAUGGAACCGAAACUUGCCAUAUAUUGCCUCAUUCAGCAACAAGAGCAGCAAUGUUAGUGAGAAUCAACACAUUACUGCAAGGUUAUUCUGGCAUAAGAUUUGAGAUCUUAGAGGCAAUUACCAAAUUCAUCAAUCACAACAUCACUCCAUGUUUGCCUCUAAGAGGCACAAUCACUGCCUCCGGUGACCUUGUCCCAUUGUCCUACAUUGCUGGGCUUUUAAUAGGCCGGCCCAAUUCCAAGUCGGUCGGGCCCAACGGAGAAUCGCUAGACCCAAGUGAGGCAUUUGAGCUUGCUGGAAUAGAUAGUGGAUUUUUUGAAUUGCAACCUAAAGAAGGUCUAGCUUUAGUAAAUGGGACUGCGGUUGGUUCAGGUUUAGCAUCAAUGGUACUCUUUGAAGCUAAUGUGUUGGCAAUUUUAGCAGAAGUACUCUCAGGAAUUUUUGCUGAAGUUAUGCAAGGAAAACCUGAGUUUACAGAUCAUUUGACACAUAAAUUGAAGCAUCAUCCAGGUCAAAUUGAAGCAGCAGCAAUAAUGGAACAUAUAUUGGAUGGCAGCGCAUAUGUGAAAGCCGCAAAGAAGUUACAUGAACUUGAUCCAUUGCAAAAGCCUAAACAAGACCGAUACGCGCUAAGAACAUCUCCUCAAUGGUUAGGACCUCAAAUAGAAGUCAUAAGAGCUGCAACAAAAAUGAUAGAGCGCGAAAUAAAUUCUGUUAAUGAUAAUCCAUUGAUUGAUGUUUCAAGGAGUAAGGCCCUUCAUGGAGGAAAUUUUCAAGGGACACCAAUUGGUGUAUCAAUGGAUAACACCAGAUUAGCUAUUGCUUCAAUUGGUAAACUCAUGUUUGCUCAAUUUAGUGAGCUUGUUAAUGAUUUUUACAACAAUGGUUUGCCUUCAAAUCUCACUGGUGGAAGUAAUCCAAGCCUGGAUUAUGGAUUCAAAGGCGCUGAAAUUGCCAUGGCAUCUUAUUGCUCUGAGCUUCAAUAUCUAGCUAAUCCUGUCACUAAUCAUGUUCAAAGCGCGGAGCAACAUAAUCAAGAUGUUAACUCUUUAGGGUUAAUCUCUUCAAGGAAAACAGCCGAAGCUAUUGAUAUAUUGAAGCUUAUGAGCACCACUUUCUUAGUUGCACUAUGCCAAGCUGUUGAUUUAAGGCAUUUGGAAGAGAACUUGAAAAAUGUGGCAAAAAAUACAAUAGGUCAAGUUGCAAAGAAAGUGCUGACCAUGGGACUCAAUGGAGAACUUCAUCCUUCAAGAUUUUGCGAAAAGGAUUUGCUUAAAGUUGUGGAUAGGGAGCAUAUUUUUGCUUAUAUUGAUGAUCCUUGCAGUGCAACAUAUCCUUUAAUGCAGAGACUAAGGCAAGUUCUCGUUGACCAUGCUUUAAAGAAUGGUGAGAAAGAGAAAAACUCAGCUACUUCAAUUUUUCAAAAGAUUGAAAUUUUUGAAGAGGAACUCAAAACCCUUUUGCCUAAAGAGGUGGAAAGUGCAAGAAUUGAUUUUGAUAAUGGAGUUUCUGCUAUUCCCAAUAAGAUUAAGGAAUGCAGGUCAUAUCCAUUGUACAAAUUUGUGAGGGAAGAUUUGAGUACUGGUUUGCUUACCGGAGAAAAAGUCCGAUCGCCUGGAGAAGAUUUUGAUAAGGUUUUUGAAGCUAUAUGUGCAGGCAAGUUGAUUGAUCCAUUGCUUGAAUGCUUAAAGGAGUGGAAUGGAGCUCCUCUUCCUAUAAGCUAAGAAAUAUUUCAAUUGUGAUGAAUUUUCUUCUUUUUGCUUUUGUUUUAUAUACAUAAAAGUCUAUAUGUGCUAUGUUAAUUCGUAAGUUAAAACUUGUAAUAUCAAACUUGUACGUGCUUAUUAUAUGUUUGUUAAUUUUGUUCAAUCCAUCAAAGAAUCUUAAAUUCUUUGUACCAUGAAAGUUUCAUAACAACAAAAUAAUGCAAUCAAGAUUAUUAAUUAAGUGUUC